AUGGCCGAUGAGCAAGCCAACCUUACUACAACAGUGGCCAUUCCUCUCAAGGAAGUCGGCGCCGCUCUAGAAGGCAUCGCGAUGAUCCAGAUGGUCGAAAAUCUUGGAGGAUACAAGAUCCGGAUUCCCCCUUUCCAUGGCAACAACAAUCCUGAUGAGUACAUGGACUGGGAGAAGAAGUGUGAGUUCAACUUCAACUUACACAACAUCUCCAACAUCAACAGAGUCAAACUGGCGGUCUCUGAGUUCAAUGACUAUGCCCUAAGGUGGUGGGAACAAGUCGUGACCGCAAGAGAGAUUGGUGGAGCUCUUGAGGUCUCUACCUGGGAAGAGAUGACAAGGAUCAUGAGGCAGAGGUUCAUACCUAGCUAUUAUCAGAGAGAGCUACAUUCUAAGCUCAGGAGGCUCACUCAAGGGUCCAAAACAGUUGAAGAAUACUUCCAGGAGAUGGAAGUGAUGCUAAGGGCUAAUGUGAUUGAGGACAGAGAAGCCACUAUGUCCAGGUUCCUUGGAGGGCUCAACCGUGAGAUCCAAGAUAUUGUGGAGAUGCAAAACUGUGUGGGCUUGGAGUCUAUGCUACACAAAGCAGUUCUGGCCGAAACCCAACUCAAGAGGAGGCGCCAACUCGGCAUGGAACUGAUCAGCGCCGGCCUGUCUAUGCCAGAGACUCCAAACCGGCCUUUCACACCAAAGUCAGAGCCAGAGGAGUCCCUUACAACCAAGACAAGGACAAGAACAAGUCCAGUACACCUCUGCCCCAGAGCCCGCGAGCUUAAGUGCUUCAGAUGCCAAGGCUUUGGACACUAUGCCAAUGAAUGCCGCAACAAGAAGAUCAUGUUCAUAAGAGAUAAUGGAGAAGUGGAGUCUGAGGAAGAAGCUCUAGAGCCAGAGCAAGAGCCAGAACCAGAGGAGUAUGAAGCUGUGCCUGUCAUGGGAAAGCUUCUGGAGAAGGUUUGCAGCUUAAUCAUUGAUGGAGGCAGUUGCACUAAUGUGGCUAGUGAGGCCAUGGUUGAGAAGCUUGGUGUAACACCCCCAGUUCGCUGCGGCCUAAUGCCAAAAGAUAAUUAUACAUACAUUACCCGAAAACCGAGUUUUGCAAAAAGCCAACCAAACUACUCCGGUCUUCGACUGUUCUGCCUCCUGUUCACAGGAUUCUACUCCGAGCUACCUAAACUAGAUGAACGCCUUCACCCGGGCACUACAGUCCAUCGCGGUACCCGGUUCAUCCUCCCAUCUAUUGGCCUUACUGGCGCACCAUGCCAAUGUCUGGUUGGAUCCCAUAUCGUCAUAUGGUACCAUACUCGGCCAAGGCAGCUGACCAGGUUAUCCUCCGAGUCUUCCUCCCUUCAUGCACAGCCUCCACGCUGCCAAUCCGGUUGGGCUCUGACGUGCGAGAAUGCGCUUGACUACACCUUCCUAAACAACAUGUGGUUAGACACGCCACAUGUUCUCAGUACUUAG